GUGGUCGAUGGUGCCCAUCAUCGGCCAUAGCCAAAUUACUCUGUUUCUAGGGCUUUUUUUCUUUUGCCCUAGAUUAUCGAGCGCGAUCGUCAUGGCUUCCUUCGGCGCACUCCAGGAGGAGGUUUUCGCUCGCCAGCAACGAAAGCAGCACUUCGAUUCAUACAUCAAGGGAUUGAAUGCUUACGAGCGGCACAAGAAGUUCAUGCGCGAUUAUGUUCACCAUUAUGGAGCUCCAUCGCAGCAGCCCAUCCGGCCGAUAAAAACCGAUGCAGACACUUUGCGAGAAACUUACAGAUUCAUACGCUCGGAAGAAGACGAUUCGGAAAGAAGCUGGGAGCAGCGGCUUGCUAAACGCUACUAUGACAAGCUUUUCAAAGAAUAUUGUUUAGCAGACAUGUCCCGCUACAAAGAAAGCAAGGUGGGCUUGAGGUGGCGGACUGAGAAAGAAGUCAUCGCUGGGAAAGGCCAGUUUAUCUGUGGAAACAAGGAUUGCAAUGCUAAAGAGGAGCUUUGCAGCUAUGAGGUGAAUUUUGUCUACAAGGAGGCUGGUGAAAGCAAGCAAGCACUGGUAAAAUUGCGUCUCUGUCCGGGCUGUGCGUACAAGCUUAACUACAAAAAGGAGAAGGAGAAGAAGCGGCAGAUGAGAAAGGAGCAGAAAGAAGAAACCAAGAAGAAAAGAAGAGUUUCAGAAGAGGAAGACACUCCCGGAAGAGCUCCUCGCGGCGAUGAUCAAAACGUUGCUCAAGGCCCAUCCGAGGAGCGAGACAAAGACGAGUACGCCGAGUACUUCAAAGGCAUGUUUUCAUAGAAACUGGUUAACUGACUAUUGUUUUUGCAUCACUGUACACUUGGAAGAAGAAAGAACCACCAAAAUUGGGUGGAAGAACAAGAAAAAAGAAGCUCCCGACUCUAGCAAAGUUCCGGCUCCUGCGUCACGCAAAUCCCCCGCGAGCUUAUACCCCACGAGUUCAUGUCUUCCAAUCCUUUGCUUCCAUCUUCCUCGGCCAGAAGCGUCGCAACGCUCGUCCCCCAGCUCCUCCUCGUCGAUCCAUAGUUUUGUAUACUCUCCUCCACCUUUGCUAUCCUCUCCUGGAUCUUCCUCCCGUGGACCAGGCACUCGUCGGCUUCUUCCCUCACGGCCAUCUCCAAAGACUUGGAAUCCGACGUCGACAGCCUCAGGAACUCGAGCGAGCCGUGGAGGAUGGUGGACGCUGCUCGCUUGCACGAGUCGCACGCAAAGUGUGGACGCCGCACGGGGCUGCUGGAUUCCUUGGACUUGGUGAUGCUGGAUUGCCUCUCGGAGUUGUCCUUCUUGAACGACGCUAGCACCCGGAACACUUUGACGAGCUCCGCCCCGAGCGCUCCGCAUUUCCUCUCCGCGACCGAGGCGCCCUCCAGCGCCGACUGAGCGCUGACGCUUACGUGCUCCACUUUCGUGUCGAGCAUCCUGUUCGAAGAGCUUGUGAGAUUCUUGCAAAGAAAUAGAGAAGAUUGUUCUUUCUCGUA